AUAAUAAAUAUCAUUAUCUUGUCAACUUUCAGACGAAAAAGCAAAUGGGAUGUACCAUCCUCAGAAAAUGACAGCAGCUCAAGCAAUGCCAAUUUAUCAGCUACAGAUGCAGCAAAAGAAAGGGCAGCAAAACUAAAUGCAAUGUUAGCAGCUCAAGGAAAACUUGCAAAAGGCACUCCACCACCAUUCAUGGUAUGAUAUAAUUGGUUUAAUUUUUCUACAGUACUUCAAUCUAAUGAUCAAGGAGUUUUUUUGUGAUAAAUAAAUUUUGAUUGAACAUUUACAGGGCCAACCAUCUCCCGCAGCCAAAGCGACAGCAACACCUUCUCAGGCAUUGAAUAAUGGCAACAAGAACCUCAACCAAGAUUUAAUGACAGCUGAAGUUGAGAUUAAUGAUUCUCCAGCAAGGUAAGAUUCCGGACACUUUCCUUAUACUAUUUACAGUUUGUGUCAUGUACUUGCAAAUACUGUAAAUCCUCUAAUAAGCCCUCCCUUCUCAUGGGAGGAAAGUUAAUAAGCCCCCCACCCUCUCUUUUAAGCCCACCCUCCCCUCCCCCUUAUUAUUCUUUACUAAUAAAUGAUAGUCAGACUGUAUUAGUCAAUCAUGACUGUAAAACUUCGGGUGGACUGAUCAGGGAUGUUUUAUUCACCAACUGACUGUUUGGAGAGGUUUGUUUCAAAAAAGAAGUUGUAGAACUAACACAUCAGAAGUGGGUAACACAAAAACUGGUUUUUAUCAACUUUAUGACCUUCUAAUAAAGUUUGAUUACUCAGUAUGAUUUACUAACUUUGCUUAAUGUAAACAAAUGUUUUUUAUCAAACUGCAUGUAUAUACGUGUUUAAUAAAAUAUUGUUGAUGUUCCCUUUUUCCUUCUUUUGUUAGAAACUUCUUAUGCCGUGGCACAACACAAGAUGAGGUAAGGCUGCAUAUUAUUAUCGCAUAUGCUUGUGUUUUAUUUUAUUUUAUUAUUUUUGCCACACAAAAUAUGUACGUACUGUGUACUGUAUGUGUAUGUCAUGGUUCAAUUUUAUGCUUGGUGUAUGAAUUUGUUGGAAUAUUAAAGUGUUACAUGUGGAUCAUAAACGGGGUGGAAUUUUGAGUUGUCCCUAUGUUUUAUAUAAUUUAAAUAAAAUCAUAUACAUGUAUUAUGAUGGCACCUGCCAGUUGCCUAGCAACUGGCACAAGCAGAACUACAUACCUAAAUUUUUGAAGUUGUAAUUUGCAAUCAGGAAACUCAAGUAAAUUAAUUUGGCCUUCUUUAUGGUAGAUCAAUCGUUACAGUGGAGCAGCUGUAUCCACCAGGGGGAAAUUUAUGACUGAUCAAGAAAAAAAGGAAGCGGAAGGAACUGGGUAAGAGUUGCUUAGAGAAUUAUUUUUUAUCUUCUUUAAGUGUCCUCUAUCAUAUGCACUCAUAUUUUGGAAAUUGGAAAUUGGCACAAUAAUCAGACAUCUCCAUCUGGGACUUUUGUAGUCCAGCAUUGCUUCUUUAAUAUUUGCUCAAAAGACUAAUUAAUGCUUUGUACAGUUGAAGGAAAAGUGAUGGCAUUAAAAGACAAGCUAAGAGAGCUUUAUACAGCUUAUAUCUUCCUCAAAUUUUCAUGUUAAAAAAAUGUUAUAUGUUAUAUUAAUGAAAAUUUGCAUGUGCUGAUUGCCACUUGAAAUAUAUUUGUUUCAGAGUGAAACCACUGUACCUCUGUAUUCAAGGACUCACACAAGAAAAAGUUGAUUGUAAGUUAUUGAACAGCUUCAAGUGUAAAAUGUGAAUAUUAGCAGAAUAGUAACAAUAGACUUUAUUGAUUAAUAAUAAAAUGACAACAACAAAUUAAACCUAACUGGAACAUGUUUGGAAAAAAUAUGAGUGUUUUUUAAAAUCACAAAUGUGCUGUUUCAGUGGCCACAUUUUAUAUUUGGAGAAUGUCAAUCAAACUGAAUCAGAAUGGAUUAGCCUGACCUAACUAACCCAGGAAUUUUUUUUAAUAGGGAUUAAUAAAAGAGACCCUUUCAAAAUUGCAUUCCAUUUGCCCCAAAUCCAUUUGCUCAUCAGGCGGUAGCUUAACCCAUUUUCUCUAGCAUGAAAUGUACAUCAGAAUAUCUCUAUUCCUUCUGAAUGGGAUGCCAGUCUAUCGCAGGGUUACCAUCAGUGUUAAUUUGUGUAUGUUACAGGUCAAAAUUAAAUUCAGGUUAAAAUUUUUUUACCUAGUUUGAUUCUCAAUUUCCUUUGUCUCCUAGCCCUAAUUCAAAAAUAAUUAAGGCUAGAAGACAAAGGAAAUUGAGAAUCAACUUAGGCUAAAAAAUUUGAACCUGAAUUUAAUUUUGACCUGUAACAUGUAUAUCCUUUUGUGCACCUGGGUGGAGUGAAAGUAAAGUGUCUUCUCUAAGAAUACAAUGUGGUGACCUAGCCCUUGCCAACACCAUUCUGAUCUGAAAUCAUCACUUUGCUUGCAGUGGCUGUGAAGCGAAUAAUGGAGAUCAUGAAUGGAGCACCAGUAGUAGACAUAAAUAGCAGUCAAUCAUCUCAGCCAGGAAUGCCUCAGCCACCGAGAAUGCCUGUUCCUGCCCCCAUGCCAACUCCUGUUUUGAACCAAACUUUAGCAAUAUUUGACCGACAGCCAUUGCCACCAGGGGUAAGUACAGUCUACAUUUAUGGGAAGCAACUCAGGGAUGUAGGUAAGGGAAAGCUAAGCAGGCUUUUUUAUAAGUCAAGCCAGCUUUUUUAAUCAACUGCACCUUCAAACUUGCCCAUGUCUUUGUUUUCCAGAGCCAUUUGAGCUAGUGGUAAGUGCUUCUUCUGCUGUUGAAAUUAGCUGGCAGAUGGCUCUUAGUGACAUUUCUUAGAACUAUCUCCUUGUUCUAAGAAAAAUAGUUCCUGAGUAAUCCAGUAGAUGUGCUUUUUUUUGCAGAUGCAUUAUGUUCAAGAGAAAGUGUUUGUUGGGCUAGAUAAUGCCUUGCCAGAAUUUAUUGUGAAGGACAAACUUCAAGGACCAGGGGUAUGUCUGUAGUCAUCCUAUCUGUUGUUGUUUGUGGAGAAGCUUCAGGCUAAAUCAUUUGAAGACUAUUUUUUUCAUAUUGGUUGAAUUUUACAGCAAUGUAGAUCCAUGGUAUCUUUUGCUCAAAAUCAUCCUCGGAGACCCAGGGGCAGAUAGUGGGGGUGAGGGAAAGUCUAAAUGGACGGAAAAAUAUGGCACGAAGAAAAGUAAAGAAUGGCGAGAAGAGCCCGUGGGGACAAUGUCUUACCAGACCAGUUCCAAACAGUCGCCGUAGCUCUGACUUCUGAUUGGUGCCAGAAAACACAAAAGUUUUCUGGCACCAAUCAGAAGUCAGAACGGCAGUGACUGUUGGGAACUGGUCUGGUAAGAUAUUGUCCCCAGGGGCUCUUCUCGCUGUCCUUUACUUUUCUUCAUGCCAUAUCUUUCCACUUGUUUAGACUUUCCCUCGCCUCCACUAUCUGCCCCUGGGUCUCCGAGGAUGGCUCAACAUUGCAUAUUGAACACAAUAUUUUUUUGCUCACUCUUCUUUUUCCAGGGAUCCUAUUUCCAGCACAUUUGCACACAAACUGGAGCCAAGGUAUUGUAACUGUCAAUCGCUAUCAUCCAAUUUAAACAUGUGAUUUUCAGUUCAAAAGUGCUGAUUAUUAUAGAUUGUUAUUUCUCAAGAAUACUUACAAACUUGCAUCUUGAUUGAUAAAGGUCCCCUGUUAUUAUUAUUUAAUUAUAAAACUACUGUCCCUGUGUGUAUUGAUGUGUACAUCUGUUCAACAUGGCAGACAAUCAUCUCUACAUGUUGUGAAUGGCCUCGACAUGUUAGGGUGAUUAUUGCCAUCAUUCUUGUUUCAGCUGUCAUUGUUGUUAUGCACUUGCACUUUAUUUGAGUAUCAAUGUAUUUAGCACGAAAGUGCUAAUUGGGACACUAUAUUUUAUGUCUCCUAAUGGAGACGGGACCGCCAUUUUACGUGGUCAUCCGAGCCACGCAAAGGUCCAGCAGCCUGCAGGGCAAAGGAAGUACCUUCAUUUCUCAGUUAUUUUUAAGACCCUGAGUAUUGGUCCUGCCCCGGGAGUCAAACCCGCGACCUCCCGCUCUGCAGUCAAACACUCUACCGACUGAGCUAAUCCUGCCGCGGUUAUUGUUAUUGUAAUAAUGAUUAUUAUUAUUUUGUUGCUGUAUAAUUAUUGUUAUCAAAAAAAUUUACAUCAUUUGCCUUUCUGGGAAGCUGUUGCAGAGGUUUAUUAGCCUAAAGCAGUUGUGCAGGCCUACCAAACCCCCUUUUCCUUGGCAAAUGUUGCCUGCCUGUCAGAUAACUUGUAUUGAUUAUUAUUAAAACAUGCUAGCCCAAAGGGUUGCUCCACUGGUAUCAGGCUAUCAGGCAGCAUUUUAUUUUCUGUUAUACCGUGUGUAUAUUAUUGUCAGAAGUGUGUCUUUUUGUUUUUAUCUUACUAAAAACAAAAGAAUUUUCAUAAUAUGGUGUCCUAUCCAUUUCCCCUCUCACGAUGUUGUGUUAAACAUGUAAUCAGCCCAGACUUUUUUCAAAUUAUUUUUUUAAAGGUACAACUUAGAGGUAGAGGAUCUGGAUUUAUUGAACCAACGUCUGGUAAAGAAGCUUUUGAAGCUCUGUAUAUUUACAUAAGGUAUGUUAACAUUCUGUCUUUUAGCUACUUUAACCUUGUAAUUUUUCGUCAGCUACAUGUAUAUAAUAAAACCAGCACUGAGAAAACUCUUCCAUGGGCUCUUGUCAGUUUCCUCUUGAUAGAGGGGUCUGCUAAAUUCUGGUUCAUUUUACAGCAAAAAUACGAAGAAUAGUUGGGACUUAAUGGUGCUUGUGGAGUCCACUUUACUGGUUUCACAUUGUGAAUGUGUACAUUCUAUACUACAUAAUAUUACUGAUAUAAUAUUACUAUUAUAUUCUUGUUCCAAUAAUAUUUACAGCUCUUUUCAGUAUUUACUCAGUUAAACUAACAUUCCUAAACUCACUGGAUUAUGGUGGAACCUCAAUAUAACGUAGGCCCAAGGUUUCAUUUUAUUGGCGUUCUUUUCCACAGUUUUUACCAUAACUGUGGUGAAGAAUACCAUUUGUUAUACCAAGGACUCCAGUAUAAAGAGGUUCGUGAUAUGGACACUCCACUAACUUAUUCUGUUUAAUGCCAAUGGUAUUUUUUCUUUCUCCCUUCCACAGCCAUAGUAAGGUCGAUGGCUUAGCAGCAGCAAAGAAAUUAGUGGAAAAUCUUAUACAAACAGUGAGUUUCUAGCCAGCGUCAUUUAUUAGAUCUUUUUUAAGACAAUACUCUUGCAUAAGGAAUAUUGAUUGUUAAUUAUGAUUUUUGAAUGAGCUUGUCUUGAGGAUCUUGAGACUAAUAAGAAAGAGAGAUUGUGAAGGAUACAGUAGAAUGGUCAGAUCAAACCUUCUGAUCGAUCACCACUAAUAAUUAUUGAUGGUCUGUUUAUUUGGUAUUGUGUGGUUCCAAAAAUUAUCCAUACCUCCUGCACAGAAGGAAUUUUUCCUUAGACCCCCCACCUCUCUGGAAAUUCCAGUCAAGCUUCAUAUAUUUACUCAAAUUUUUGGGCCUUUGGGAAUUCCCCCCCCCCCCAUCCCAGGAAUUUCCAAUCCCUUCUGUAGGGGAGUAUGGAUAUUUUCUGGAACUACACAUUGAUAAUAUGUGGAUCAUUAUAAGUUUCUGGGAAACUGCCCACCUACCCCUCCCCUAAGCCAACAUUAACACUUACUUCUCACUUAAGGCAAACCAAUAAUAUUAUUUUAUUAAUUUACACAAAAUGAUGAUUGUUGUUACUUGUAAUCCUUUAGGUUCAUACUGAAUACAAAGCAUUUGAACAAACAAGAAGAUCACAUUAUGGAUAUUCACCUUACAUGAAUGGUGGGUUACAAAAAGGAAAGAAGAAAACAUUCAAAGGGGCUACAUCAUGCUCUUUACUAUCUUAAUAAAAAGCUAAAGGUGUCUUUGCAUCAUGUGCAUUGCAAAAAUAAUAGCCCCGUUCUGCUAUUUAACACUAUAUUUAGGUAAUGAAACUUUUUUAUGUCACCUGUUGGACAUGGAUUGAAACUUGAAAAAUUUGAGCCAUUUUUAUCAAUUAAUGCCACGCCUGCAAAAAUCACCAAAACAUUGUUAUGGUUAAGUGCUCCCUAAUGAAAUUAAUUUAACUGACAUCUUCUUCAUAAUUCUACAGGGGCAUUUUGCAUUUAAGGGUAAAGACGGAAGUUAUGACUUCAGCACAGAAUAGACCUUUGUUACGCGGCGGCCAUUUUGUCUUAGGAGAUUUAAAAAGCUUUGUUUAUGCACGGCACAAGGCUAGCCAUGCAUAAACAAAACUUUUUAAAUCUCCUGAGAUAAAAUUGCCGCCACGUGACAAAGGUCUGUUGGCCUCAAACAGCAAAAUCCUCAUGGCAUAGUUCCUUUACUGUAACUAUGCUCUUGUUAAAAUUCCACGCUCAAGUCCCUGAAAGACUGAUUAGCACUAAAUCCAGGAUUAAAAAUUUUCUUCCAUUUUUGUAUUUACCUUCCUAUGCAUUGCUUAGAGUAACAUUCUAUGUUAUCAUCAUUGAGUCUUGUUGUAAAGAGAAAACAGUAUUUUGUAAGCUCUAGUGACAUAUUCUUAGUCAAAAUUUGGCUUAAUCCUGGGUUUAACUUAACCAUCUUUCGAGGAACUGGGCCCAGAAGUUUGAUUAGCCUCAAGCUUUGCCGGACUUAUGGAUUCAGCUAGAGGACUCCCUCUUAGUAGCAAACAGCUCUUGUACUUAAAUGAUGCAUAAUAACAAGGCACAUAUAAAGUAAUAAUAAAUUUAUUAAUGUAUGUUGAAAGGAGGGUUAAGAAAGUAGAUGGUGGUUUAGAUUUCCCAUCUGCUGAUAUUGCCCUCCAAUAUAAAGCUAGUCAAAUUGAACGAGUGCUGCAGUAAAGUUCUUUGCAGCAUGUACUAAAUCUUGCCAACAUUAGGGCCAUUUAUACGAGGAAAAAUAAGACAUGUCUUACAUAAGACGCGAACUGUACCAUUUAUACGAGCAUGUCUUAUCUAAUAAGACACGUCUUAGCUAAGCCGCGUCUUAUUUGAGACAAAAUGUGCCAUUUAUACAGAAAGUUCGCGUCUUAUUUAAGAUGCGUCUUACAUAAGACGCGUCUUAUUUUUCCUCGUAUAAAUGGCCCUAUUAUGACUGAUCCCUACUACUUCAAACUCAGUUAAUUCCAUUUUCCUGCUAUUUCAAACUGAUCAAUAAUUUUACUUUCUGUUUUUGUUUUUGCUUUUUGUCAUCUUUAACAGUUUUCUUUGCUUUACUUUUGUAAUAGUUGGAAAUCCACCUGCACAACCUCCUUCAGGAUACCAGGUCUGUAAAAUGAAAUCUUGAAGUUAUAAAUAGAUAUUCCUGACUUCAAAGUAGUACAGAAUUAGUCUGUGUUCACUUGUAUUUUCUUGUCAACUCAAUUUAUUUCAAGUGAAGUACAUGUAGCACCGUCAUGAAGUUCUUGGUGUAUUUUUGUCAAAAUAUGAUCAGUGAGUGUUUUUCCUGUUACCAAGCGCCAUCUUUAACACCAAAGGAAAGUCUUUAUGUGAAUUAAUGUUAGCAAAACAAAUAAUUAUUUCUAGCAAUUCUUCAGAGACAAUGGUGUGCCAUUACCUUGCUCAACUUUAUUUCUCUUCCGCUUGGUUCACUGUCAUUGUCUUCUUUCCUCUUGUUUCCUCUCCCCUUAAUCUUUCUUGACCUAGUCAUAAUAUAUCUGUUUAGUAGGAACAUUGUAAUGAUUUCAGUAUCAAAGCGUAGGAGUAAUUUACAUGCAAUACCCUCCUUAAUUUCCAGCCUCCACCCUAUGGAUAUCAACACCCACCCCCACAUGGUAAUGGCUAUCCCCAGCCUGUCCAGCCUCCUCCAGUACCUGGAUACAUGUACAACCAUCCUCCUCAUGUGCCACUACAUCAGGUAUGUGUUAAUACUUCUGUUUAUGAGAAUUAAUAGAUCUGACUUGAGUCCUUGGAUCCUCGAACACAAGCACUUAUUGAAGUGAUGAACAUGGCUAUGACUUGUUGGACACUUUUUUUAAAUCCUCACUAUAUUUUGUUGUCCUACCUGUGGUUUGUGUGUGACCUGUGAAUUGUCAUUCAUGUGUUCUUUCACACUAGAAAAGUCUCUGGCACCCAGAGUACUAUCAUGCAAGCAUAGUAAGGGUCAUUUUGUGCAUCACUGUUGUCAUUGUUUAAAUAUAUUUUCUUUUAUUUAUAGCCUGUUCCACCACAUGCUAUUCCUCCUCGCUAUGGGCCUCCACCUCCUCCAGGUACGCAUUGUGCAAUGGUGGCUAUUUAGAAAAGUAACUAAACGUAGUGUCCUGUGAAAACAGAUAUUAUUGUCCCUGAACCCCAUCUCAUGGCUACAUGUAUGUAGGAUUGCAUGACAGAAGGUUGGGGGCAGAACUAAACUAGCUUUGAUAAUUUGAUUUUUCCCCGAAAAAUGGGUACAAUGCUGCACUUUAAACAUAAUGAAUAAUGAUUUAAAAGCAGCACUAUUUGUAUAAAAUUAUGAUGAGUUAGACAUAACAGUUCUGCUGUACACUAACAUUAGUGGUGGCAGUUUCACCAGUGUAAAUCUUAACCUUGUUGUAAUGUUAUUUCACUUGUUGUUGUAGUUGCUGGUUAUCCUAACCAACUGCCACCCAAUAUGGGUCCUCCGCCCCCCAGAGGACCAGAACCAUAUCAUCGCUACCCUCCUGGACCCCAUCACCAAGGAGCGCCUCCACCUGGCCCACCGCCAAUAGGGCCCCAUCAGGAGGGCCUAAAGCAACUUCCCCCUCUUACACCUCAUUUGGUAGGUAGCAUCUUGUGUCAUGUCCAAAAAACUCAUCUUAAUGUUUGUCAGAAUGCAGAUGCAAUUUUGUUUCCUUUUUGCUCUUGUUGAUGGCAUGGUGAAUGUUUCUAUGUAUUGGUAGGUUUUGUGGUUGUAAUCUAAAUAGCAUACAUCAAAAUUUUAUAUGGAAACUUUUUGUUUUGUAGUGUUUUUUUUUUAAGUAAUUUGUUAACCUUUUGCAGUGUUUUUGUUUUGUAUUCACUGUAAAAAAUAAAUAAAUAAAAGCUGUAAAAUUCCAAAAAAAAAAAUAAGGAGUGCAAAUGUUAAAUUUGCUUGUUUGUUCUUGAAGGGACCACCAAGGGAAACUGAACAUCAGUCUCAAGAUCAAGGCCCAGCAGCAAGGUAGGUACAUUGCAUGUGUUGUGAUUUCAUUUUAUCUCUUCUUCAAUUUGUUUCUUUUUAUAUUUUUUCUUUCCAUAAACUUGUUGAUAAUUUAUGUGAAAGUACUAAAACAUGCUCAAUAAUAAAACAAAGUAGUACUGCAUAAUGAGUGUCUUAAAUGGGCCGUGUAAUCAAUCAUGUAAUCAAACUUCAAAUAGGGGGAACUGCUACCAAACUGAGUGAAACAUCAAAAUAACUUCACAAAACAUUAAAUGAAGGUAUUAAUAACACAGCAAAUUCAAAAGGAGGGAAAGAUGGACAAACUUGAAGAAGAUUAAAAUGGAUUACAUUUAUAGUUAUUCAAAGCUUUUUCACCAAACAGUUUUUCAAAGUUCAUUAUUUUUUGUUAUUUGUAACGCUUGUUAUAAUGCUUGGGAGACAUACAUACUUGUUUCACGCAAACCUGUAAUAAUAUUUUGCCAUUCCCAAGUUAUUUCUCAAGAUCCAUUGGGAGUAAGGACACCAAACUAUCAGAAUGAGCCAGACAACCAUAAUUCAGCCCCCUUAAUGAAAAAGGAAUUUUUUAUUGUUUUGUAGUCACCAAGAGCAGUCUCAGAGGGGAAGUGGACCACCACAAUCCCAAGAUCCACCCAGACGAAAGUUCAAAGAAAAGGUACUGUCUCUUGCACACGUAAGUGGGGCUAAGACCAGCGGGUUAUUUACUAAAGACUACUGUAGCAACCGGUGGCUUUGAAAUAUGAGUUUCAUUAGCGGGUGUCAUUUAAGGUUGAUGACAGAUUUCCCACCUGUGCAGAAAUUCCAUACUGACGAUGCUUACUACUAAGAUCUGGGUAGUGCGUCUGAUUGGUCGUGCUGAGAAUUGCUUCAACCAUCACAAGUACUACCCAAAUCUGCGUAGUGAACAUCAGUGUUGCAAAAUGUCUUUAUUUUUUUUUCCUCUGGCUAAGUGUUCAUGUACUGUACAUGUAUUGUUGUGUCGCAGUAGUUGGCUUUGUCAAGAAUGUGCUUGUUUAAGAACUCCCAUAGCUCAGUCGGUAGAGCGUUGGGCCUUUGGUCCAAAGGUUGUGGGUUCAAACCCCACUGGGGGUCAGUGGCAUAAACUUACUGCAAGUGUGGUGCUGCCCUUUGUUCCACCAAAGAACUAGGUUUUUUUAACAAAAUCAGAUUCCUUCUUUGAAAAAAAACUUAGGAUUAAUAUUAGGCACCUUUAAUCUGGAGAAAACCUGUCCCGUUUAGAAGGGUGACCCUCCGAACCAAGUCAACUUAAGCGAGCGUCUAUAUGAGAAUAGAGUUGUCCUCUUUCCCGAGUCAACAGCGGUUGUGCAUGGUCUGCAAGGGAUCUGAUUGUCUAAAACAGCACUUGCUCAUGCUCUGAUCGUCUCACCUCGACGGAGUUGACCUGGCUGGGCGAGAAUGUGGGGAGAAUUUGUCCCGGCUAGAUUGGUGAAUCUACCAUCACAAAAGGGUGACCCAGCUAGGCGGGUCGCCUUUCUAACCGAGCCAACUUUUUGUUUCUCAUAUAAACGGUUCGCCAAGUUUUGUAAGGAAAUGUGGGAUAUGUCGGCUCGCUCAGGGUAGUUUGGGUAGGCAGGUGACCCUUCUACCUGGACAACGUUUCUCCAUAUAAAUGGUGCGUCAGUGAACAAAUAGUAAUUUAAUAUUGUGAUUGCAACUUAAAAAACUCUAGAAAGUUAUUUCGCAUUAUGUCCCUACAUUACAUCAGCAUCUUAUUGUUAAAGAACAACAAAGAGUUGCUUCCUUUUUUGGCUUCUUUUGUGUGAAGCAUUUUUAAUUCUUGAUUUUGUCUUUUCACGUGCUAACAUGAUUUUUUUUCUUUUCUUCUUUCCCUGUAACUUGAUAAUGUUUGUUCAAACACGAAUUUAGAUUCCAUUCAAAGCUUCUACGCAGGAUUACAAGACAGUAGAAGCCGACCCAAAACAUCAGGUGCACCGGGCUCCUUAUUUUAUUGUUUCCUUUGCAGGAAUACUCAGUAGUUCAAGAGUUUGUUUUAUAUUUGUAGUUCAGUUGUAUGUAGCAGUCUUUUGGCAUUCUUCUCCAAAGAGCUGGAGGUAGUAAACGUGGUGAAAAACAACGCCAUGAGAAAGUUUCGGAAUUUUCGUUUGCUUUUACACUGACUUUAUGAUUGUUUGUUAUUUACAUGGACAAACUGGUCGGUUCACCUUUUGGGAAAUAGCAAACAAAUCUGGACUGUUACGUCCAAUUUCCCAAAAACGGCAGAGAAAGCCUCAGCCUGCGAAAACAGUCGUUUCUCCUCGCUCUUCACCGCUGAAGACGUUUCCCCAGCGGCGAGGAGCGAGGAGAAACGGCUGUUUUCGCUGGCUAAGAAAGCCUGAAACUGGUAUCAGUGAUGGCUUUGAAGAAGUGGAACUUGAAUUUCCGCAUGGAGCAUUCCGUUUGGGAUAACAGGACUACCUUUUCAGAAUUCCCGUUGCUCCUUGAAAUUUUCCAUUGGAACGAUUCUGAGACUCGUGUUUCGUUUGCUUUUCGAGUGGAUUUUCCGAAAACCUUGUAAAUAACAAAAACUGGAUUUCCCGCUCGUAACGAAAUAUUACUACCUGAUUGGUCGCGUUCCAACUAAUCACAUUGAGUGACAUAGAACAAUCGUAAUCCAUUGUGAGAUUAGCAAUUCAGUUCCGUUUUAUCCUCAGAAUCAAACAUUUUAACCACCCCCUACAAUUUACACACCCGGCAAAGAACGAAACUUGCAAUAACUUAAGUCUCCUAGUUUUUUACUAAUGCCUUUUCUCACUCCCACCAAACAGGAUUUAAGACUAAUGGCGUUUGCUAACAUGUAUGUUCUUUCUUUCCUUUGCUGAUUGAUGACUUUCUUCUAGGAGUCCUCCAUCUUAAAUCCUUCCCUAGGUGAAGGCCACCGGCGUUCUUCAGCAGAGAGCAUGCCGCCUCCUCCAGCCCUCGCACCGUCCUUGAAAACCAGACCAAAACAGAGUGAGUUUGCAGCACCUCUGCCACCUGAAGAUGCGAUGCCUCCCCCGAUAGCUCCUCUGCGUAGCCGAGUACCAGGUAAGGCCCAUUGGAUUUAAAUGAAGGUAAAGGGCCUUUGUUUGCGUUGGUAGCUUGUAACAGUACUCAUAUUACACUAGAGAGCUUUAGAUUCUAAGACCAGGGCGACUACAAGGAGAAGAUGUUCUAGGAUCAAAAACUGCCCACCUACCCCUCCCCUAAGCCAACAUUUUGCCCUAAAUGAGAAGUAAGUGUUAAUGUUAGCUUAGGGGAGGGGUAGGUGGGCAGUUUCCCAUGGCCGUCGCCGUCGUGAUAUCUUAAAACUCCAUUAUAAAAGGACUCCACUGAGAAAACCGAGGCCGACGGUGCUCUGUUUUACGGAUAUGUAAAGCAACUUAAAGGUACAUGGAAACUGGAAUAAAGUUGGAACAAGAGCACACCUGGGAAUUGAACUGAACCUCCCUCAAAGAGUGCUACUCCUUGUUCCUUAGUUAAGUAGGGUUUCACUAGGAAAAAGAAUGAAAGAUAAUUGAGGCCAGUGAAAUUUCGGUAUUAACCAUACAACUACCACCCACAUUCCUGUAGAUUUCUCCACACCAAGACUGAAAACAGCGUUUUCUACGCCUAAACUGUGCCCUAAAAAUUACUAAGCAUGUUUUGUUUUACAGAUCCUUAGUUUAAACAACCAUAUGGAAAUUUCUUCUAGAUCCCGUGACGUUGAGUCAAUUCUCACCCAGCGUAAACUUCACCGACUUUUGCGGUCGCAAAAAAAAACAACCAUAAAAACGUCCAGUGGCAUGAAGCCUUGCUAUUUUAGAGCAAUAUUUAUGUUUUAAGAAAUCUCAGUUGCGAUCUUGAUGACCGUACGUUAUUACAGUGACUCAAGUCGCGGCUGGCGGGGUGCUCGCUUUUGCAGUGGUUGGAAUUGACUAUAAUGGCAGAUGGGAUCUAUACCGGUGUUGUUUUUUUCUUUAAUACUAAUUUGUGUUUUAUUCUUGUUUCAUGUGAACCCCGUGGACACUCUGAUGAUGGUAACUUAUAAUUACUUCUUUUCUGCCUUCUUUUUUUCUGCUCUGUUAUCAUUUGUUUCCAUGUGUUGUGCUGUGUGUUUCUCAUAACAGCAGGAAAGCGAGAAGCAGCGACUUUCUCACAACCCGCACCUGUUGCAACAAAGAAACAGAAAACGGAGGACAGCGCAGCCAUGACGUCCUCCGCGAUAGCAUCAUUGGUAGCUUACGGCGAGGAGGACUCGUCAGACGAGGAAGGGUCAACUUCACCCGAACACAAACAGGUUACUCCGCAUAAGAGAGAAGAGGACAAGAGUCGGCAGGGUGCCAGACUGCCUUUUUGGGCCGUGAGACGCUAG